AGCACCAAACGGACKUCACAACCAGGAGAGCUCGGGAAAUCAGGUACAGAAAAUAUUUAGAUGUAAUUUUUAAUCAAUUGUGAAUAGUUUUUCAAUCACAUCUAUAAUAUUUGAAAGAAUKUCUAAAUGUGAAUCAUAAAGACAGUUAUUAGCUUAAYAUAYAUGUUUUKAAUUUAAUUAUACAUAUGAGUGGAAUAGUUUUUUGUUGUGUCAUUAUCAGUUUUGUUGGGGAAAGUAUARUCAUUGAUAAUGAAAACCAAUUACCGUGUUCAAAAGAGAUGCAUUAAGAUAAGUACUUUUAAUAUUACUUUGGUGUUUAACUUUACUUUAAAAUAAAAUGAUUUAUUGAAGCAUAACUUUAUAAUGGGAUUAAGUUUUGUAACUGUCUGAUCCAGCACAGUUUGUUAAAUGCUGUUAUAUUUUUGGCUUGUAUUUCUGAAAUUAAUGCUUCUAAAAAUUGUUAAKGAAUUUUUCUAAACUCAUUUUAUGUCUCGCAGGUUUUUGAAAGAUUUGGAAGUUCUGCAUAAGCUUUGGAAGAGCUUUUGAUCAGGGAUGACCAAGUUGGCUGUGUUGUGUUUCCUGCUUCUGCUGACUGGAGUUGAAGGAUUUAAAAUAUCAAAUAUUGUUUUUAAUCAUUUUAACGGAGACUCAUUGAUUCAUGAAGAGAUCACAGCGAGAGCAAUCCUAAAUGUCACUCUACAGGUGUGCCGUGCACUGGCUUUGUCUGAGGGAAAGACCUUCUCUUUUCCUCCACAACCUUUCUCUGCUGGGGCUGUAGCAGCUGCAUGUGACGCAUCAAAAUCAACCAAAAGUUUCAUCGACACCAUUGAGAGGAUCCAGAAAAGUAACCACCAAGUAGACAAGGAUUAUGUGCUGAGUCCAAGUCAUCACUGUGAUGAUGAAAGCAUAGCAGCAGGACAGUUUCUCAUUACACUUGGCUUAACAGCUGUGAAGGCUUCCAACAAGCAACAAAACUUUGCUUUAGCGACAUCAAUUCUKGGAGAGACACUCCAUACCUUACAGGAUUUCUACAGUCACACUAACUGGGUGGAAAUAGGCAACACGUUCCCAAACUCCAAUCUGAUCAAAACAAAUGGCGAUGUUGGAAAAAUAGCAGACAUAACGAGACCAACUUGCCGCAGCUGUGAUGGAGAGGACUGCAGAAAUAAUAUUUUGGAGGAUAUCUUAAAGGAACAAAUCCUUACUUCGGGAUAUUUUUCACUGUAUCCAUUUUCUACAAAACCAGCAGGAAAAUGCAGCCAUGGAGGGUCAUUUGAUCGAACAAAAGGAAUUGAGCCUACAGGUGGGAUCAACAAAGAUUCGUUUGACUCUGAACACGGACAUCUUCACAACCAAGCAGCAAACGUGGCGAUAGCAGCAACCAGUGAGCUGCUGGAGGAYGUUCGCAGUGCUGCUGGAGACAAAGCAUUCCUUCAGAUGAUGGGACUGUUCAAAGGGAGACCACUUUGUUUUUGCGUGGACACCACAGGAAGCAUGGGGGAUGACAUUGACGCAGUGAGGACGGUCACAUCAUCGAUUAUUGACAGUAAAGUGGGAACAGAAGACGAACCGUCCGUUUACAUUCUCGUUCCAUUCAAUGAUCCAGAAUUUGGGCCUCUGCUUCAGACAWCAGACCCAGAGGUUUUCAAGAGUUACAUCAACUUACUAACACCAAAUGGAGGUGGAGAUGCUCCAGAAAUGAGCCUUUCUGGACUUCAGCUGGCUUUAACUGGUGCGCCUCCCAAUUCGGAGAUCUUCGUUUUCACGGAUGCAGCAGCUAAAGACGACUACCUGAAAGACACAGUGCUAGCACUCAUAGAACAGACCAAGUCUGUGGUGAACUUCAUGAUAACUGAUGUACUUGGCCUUCGCCGUCGGAGACAAGCAGAYAACAACCAACAACAACAACAAAGUGUUCGGAUGUCAAGAGCAGGUGGUCAGCUGUACAGAGACCUGGCUCAGGCUUCAGGAGGUCAGGCUGUUGAAGUCACAAAAGGUCAGCUGCUGGAGGCCAUCAACAUCCUAACUGAAUCCACCAGCUCCUCUCUGGUGACCCUUCUGCAAGCAUCCAGGAAUCCUGGAAAAUCAGAACAUUUCACUUUUGUAGUUGAUGACACAGUAAAAAACUUAACCAUUUACAUCACAGGAAGUUCUGUAGAUUUUAGUCUCGUYAGUCCUUCAGGGGUGAUUCAAAAUAUUGCCAACACAACUGGAUCUUCAAUCAUUUCAUAUCAGUCGGUUGGAAACCUUCAGACUGUGCAGCUGCAAACAGAAGGAGGACUGUGGGAAUUACAAAUUUUGUCAACCAGUCCCUACAGUGUGAAAGUUGUAGGUGAGACAUCUGUAAAUAUAAGGCUGCCAUUUUCAGAACAUCUGGCAUAUUGA